CUUAUUCUGUGUCAUGAUACAAGCUGACUCAACUCUUCAAAUAUGGACUACAUCAACACUACACAGACGGAACCUAAAAACAGCACGAACGUCAGCAGUGUGUUCACACAUCAGGUUCUGCCUGUGCUCUACACCAUCAUCUGUGCUUGUGCCUUCAUUCUCAACGGACUCGCCGCUUGGAUCUUCUUCAGGGUUCCCACCUCCUCAGCCUUAGUAGUUUACCUAAAAAACAUGGUGGUGGCAGACGUUCUGAUGUUGUUUACCUACCCGUGGCGUGUAGUGGGCGACCUCGGUUACGGCGGCUUGCAGUUGAAGCUGAUAGUUUGCCGCUACACAGCUGUGCUUUUCUACCUCAGCAUGUACACAGGAAUAACCUUCAUGAGCCUCAUCAGCUUGGAACGCUACUUCAAAAUCGUGUGCAGUACCUCCGAAGUGUCUUCUUUUCUGCAGCGUGUUUCGGUAGCAAAGGGUCUCGCACUGCUAACUUGGGGCGUCAUGAUGUUCUUCAUGCUUCCGAACGCCAUAUUAACCAACCAGCCCAUGCCUAAGGUUUUCUCCUGCAUGGCCCUGAAGAGUGACCUGGGUCAGCGCUGGCACGAAAUGUCAUCCCACUUCAACGUUGGAAUCUUCUGGGUGGCGUUCCUGCUGAUGGUGUUUUGCUACACCUCCAUCGCCUGUCAUGUUUACCGCUCUUACAAACGCGUGCAGCAGGACAGCAGCGUGGCGAGACGGCGGUCAAAUCGAAGUAUUUUUAGCUUGCUGGCUGUUUUUGUCUUCUGCUUUGUUCCAUACCACAUUUGUCGCGUUCCUUACACGCUUAGCCAAAGCCACAAGGAUGACUUUAGCACCUACAACCGCUUCAUUCUCUUCCAGAUCAAAGAAGCUACGCUCUUCCUGUCCGCCCUUAAUGUGUGUCUGGAUCCUGUCAUCUACUUUUUCAUGUGCAGGACAUUCAGAGAGUCGCUUUUGCAGAAGAUGUCAUCGGUAAACCGCGAAAACAGGAGGCCUUCAAUAGGCACUGGGUUCAGUAUCAGCAAUCUGUAAAGAUUGAGCAACCAAGCAAAACGAGCAUUAGCCAUUUGCAAGAUGGAAAAGAUAUUUAGAGUUGAAACCACAUACAUAGCUGUGGUUUUCUUGCAUGCGGAAACGCAGCAUAAAGAGAUGGAGCGGAAGAAGGUCACAACAAAGUGGUGUUUUCCAAAAAACCCUAAGUCAG